AUGUCACAACCAUUGCAAAAUAUCACACUUUCCUCAAUAUCACCACAGCCGCUCCCGGCAGGACUUCCACUACAUGUCGCCGUUUUCGACACUGUCUGGUUCUUGGCCAGCGUGACCUUCACGUGGUUGCUCUAUCGUUUGCUUCCCACAUUUCAACUGCCUCAUCUCGGGAAAAGAGAAUGGAAACCUGCCUGGCCCGAGUUCAAGCCUGUUGCGCUUGGGGCAAUGCUAUUAACACUGUGGUAUUUCUUGACCAUGAUCGAUCGCUGGAUGCGCCAGAGCGGGAACAGCCAAGUCAAGUAUGAGUAUGUCACUGCUCGCCCCAUCUAUGACGUGUUGCAUGUUAUGUCGACUUUGCUGCUCGUGUGGGGUACGUACAAUGUGUUGUGGAAGCGUUUUGGGGACAGGAAGCCUGACUCGUCAAGGCAAAGAGUCUGGUGGUUUGUUUCAAAGAGUGUUUUCUUUGUAAUCAGCCUGGUGUCCGUCUUGUAUCUUGUGUUUUAUUUCGCAUUUUCUUUGGUCUGGCUGAAGUAUGAAAGCUUGGUACCGGUGGUGCAUUUUGCGGCAAGAGGGUCUUCAUUUGAGGUUGCAACCGUUGUGCUUGUAUGGGUUGCGAGCAUGGCCAUGUUGGGGGUUUAUCGGUUCUUUGGUUCGUGGGGGCAUGAGAAACACUCUGCUGAAAGGUGGUAUUUGUGGGGGGCACUCGCCAUGUUCUUUGCCCGGUCCCUGGCUGAGGUGGCAGUGGUGCUGAAAGCACAGACCGAGAAACCACCCCAGCUGUGUCUCGAGAAUGACAUUGGCUCAGGGGACACUGUCUGCGUUCCUUCUUUUGGUACUCCGCAAUACAUCCCACCCUCGACUGCAGAGAGCAACAUGGCCGCCAUUGACAUUCCAUACGGCCUGUUCAGCAUUUUGUUUCUCGUCGCGAUGUGGCUCACUGCGCGGGAGACAACUGGUGGCUAUGACCAAGAGGGGAAUCAGCAGCAAUUGGUAAUGUCAGACAUUAGAUCUGCCGUCUUGCAAAAGCUUCAAGAGCGGACAAACCAGAGAAGAAAGAAAUCCCCACCAUUUCGGGAGAUCAUGGAUGAGAUCGAAGAAGACCUCGACAAGUCUCUGGAGUCCGGCCCGCUGGCAAGGUCUUUGGCCACGGUUAGCCCACAGUACAAACGACAAGCGGCCCUUGCUUGCAUACAAGAGCUACGAGACAAGUAUGAGGGUGCCAAGCCCCGUUACGGAACCGAAGACCCUCCCGGUCACCGUCUCGCGUACAACCCACAGCUACCGAGUCUUGGUCCGAGCUCCGCCACCUUGACUCCCGGCACUGGCGGACUCGGAUCCGUUCGUGGACAUGACGACGAGGUGUCUGUUCAUGGCUCCUCUCUCUGGGCAGAGGCAUCAAUCAGGACACCCCCGGAAACACAACGACCCCGCUACCAUCCUGCUCCCUCGUCAUAUUCGGUCCAAGAGCUAGAGGUACCCAACCAGCCUCUCUCCCACCAAUCCUCCCAAAUCGAUAUGGUUCCCGCCGAGACAGCACCGUAUUACCCCUCCCCGCCUAUGCCGGCACAAGCUCAGCAACGUCCCCUGGGGCGAGCAGCAUCAAUGGGCAGACUUGAUCCUAUCCCACCACCGGGCUUUACCUCGCCGGAGUUGUGGAGUUAUGGAGCAGGAUAUAAUGCUUACAACCCUGUACAUUCCAUGUCUCAGGACACGAUCCCGCCUGUUCCUGCGGUUCCAGGUCAGUUUCCUGCUGCGAACGUACCUGGUAUACCGCUUGCGGCUGCCUCUCAAGGGUAUAGAGCGGCUGCUAUGCCACGACCGGCGGCGCUGAGAUCUCAAGCUGCAAGGGGAGUUGCACCUGGGCCCUCGAUGGUGCAGCAAAUGUCGAGACCGAUGGAUAUGGGUGGGGGGAGAUCGGUGAGUGAUCCGGUUGUGUUGACGCCGUUUUUGGCGAGGGCGGUGGUUGCGGAUGUGUCUGGGGGGCCACCACCGGUUGCGGAUGGGAGAGGAGGUGGGAAUGCGAUGGGGACUAGUUGGAUGCGGGAUGAGGAGCGAGCUGGAGGUAGAGUGGAUGAUGAUGGGUUGGGGAGGUAUUAUUCAGCUAGUGGGGGUAGACAGUGAUAUGGUGUAUUGGUGCACCAUGGACCGGAUCCAGCUGAGGGAAACUAAUGCUUUUCCCCUUGCUGCAAAUCGAGGCUUUUCAUCAUCUUCUAAAUCUG